AUGGAGGGAAUCUCCGGCGAGCUGAAGCAGGCGGAGUUGAAGAAGGAGAGCCUCUCUAAGGCGUACGAGCAGCUGCAGUCGCAGUUGUCCUCGUUCCUCUCGUUCACGCUCCCGUGGAAGGAUUUGGAGGAGCACUUGGAUGGCAUCCGGAGGUCGCUCGAGCGCCGCUCCGAGGAGCUCCGGGAGGGCGAGAGGUCGCUCGGGGAGCGAGCCCGCGACGUCGCGUCGCGGGAGGAGGGCCUGCGGUCGGCGUGGCAGAGGGUCGAGGAGUGCGAGGAGGAGGUCCGGAGGAAGAGGAUGGACCUGUGGCUGGUGGAGGAGCGGCUUGAGAAAUGCAGGGUUGAACGUAGGAGGGAGGAGAGUAAAUUGGUCGUGACGCGCGACGCCCUUAGUGAGUGCGCCUCGCUGAUCAGGGACAAGAAGGAGGAGCUGUGCUCUCUGAUGCAGUCGACCGAGGAAUGUCGCAGGGAUUAUGAUUCGAAGAAGGAGGAGGUGGAAGUGCUGCAACAGAAACUGGACUCGAAGGAGAAGAAAGUCAAGGUGCUGCAGAGAUUGCUCGAGGGAAAUACUCGAGAAGUGGAUAUGAAAGUGGAGGAGUUGGUUUCAGUGAAGCGUUCUCUUGAUGAGUGCUCUAGGACAGUUAAAUCGACGAGGGAGGAAUUGACUGCAGUGGAGAGUAUGCUCGACCACAGUCUCAAGGCGUACGACGAGAGUGAGAAGAGGCUGAGUGUUUUGGAGCGCACGAUUGAAAAGCGUGAUAAGGAGGUCAUGGUGAAAGUCGGAAAGUUGCAGUCUGUGGAAGAUAAGAUAAACGGCUGUCAAGUUGAACACCGAAAAAAGGAGGAGGAACUUCAAGAAAUCCAUAAAUCCAUUGAAGAGUGUUCCAAGGAGCUUGAAUAUAAAGAGAAUCAACUCCAUUCCAUCAAUAUGUUGAUGGAGGAGCACAAAGAGGAGCUCAAAUCCAAAAAGAGGGGGUUGAGGAAAUCAAUAGCUAUUGGAAAGCUUUCCAAAGAGCUUAAAUCUAAGGAAGGUGAACUGGAAAAUAUGAUGAAGCAGGCGAAAUUAAAAGAGGUGGCCAAAUAUCUUGAGUUGAAAAGUAGUGAAUACUAUGCUGUCCAAGCAUCUAUCAAAGACAGCAAUCUUGAACUUGCAUCAAAAAAGAGACAGCUAGAGUCAAUCCAAAUUGAUAUUACUGAACGUGUAGAGCAACUUCAAUUGAAGGACGAAGAGUAUGCUUUCCUUCAAAGCUCAACUCUUGAAUGUGCCAAGGCCCUCGAGUUCAAAAAGAAGCAGUGUGAUUUGAUGCAGAAUUCCAUCACGGAAUAUUCUCAUGAGCUUGAAUCUCAAAAAAGGCAGUUGGAUUCCAUUCAGGAGAGAAGCAGAGAAUGCUUCGCAAAUGUUGAACUUAAAGAAAAGCACCUUCAUAUUCUUCAUGUGUCAAUUGGAGAACACUCUCAGACACUUGAAAUGAAAAAGAAAGAAUGUAAUGUGCAAUGUAUGAAGCUAGAAUUGGAGCGGCAACGGCUUGAUUCGAUUGAAAAGUCACUCGAGGAGCACUCUAGGGAAAUGGAGCUGAGAGAGAGGACUAGUGUCCAUUCUGGGGUAGUGGCUCAAAAUUGCAAACGCCCAUUAAUAAAUAAACCUGUUCUAGCUUCAUGUCAAAAUUCUCGACCCACAAUUGAUUUUGAUGGAAAGAAUCUGCAGAUGUUCCUAUAUCAACAUUUUCAAGAGCAUGAUAGAUUUUGCCACAAGGUGCUGGAAAUUAUUCAAACAUCUGAUGAUGCUGCAAAGUUGGUGUUAGAUGCCAUGGAAGGAUUUUACCCCCCGGAUUCCAGGAAUAAAGAUGGGUUACUAGAUAUUGGGGUGAUUAGAAGGAGUUGUAUCUUUCUCUUGGAGAAUUUAAUACUAUCUUCAGCAGAGAUUAAUCCUCAGGAGAGGGAAGCUGCAAUGAAACUGGCUGUUGAAUGGAAAGGGAAGUUGAAACUUUCACCAUCAACAGAGCAUCCUUUGGAGGUCUUGGGCUUUUUGAGGCUUUUAGUGGCGUAUAAGCUAGCUUCUGCCUUCGAUGCAAAUGGAAUUCAAGAUCUUGUCAAUUCUGUGUCACAGUUUCAAAUAGCAAAGGAAUUGUACCAGGUCGUUGGUUCUUCAGCAGUGCCGCCAGGUUCUUUGGGAUCUAUUCAACAGUGGCAAAUAAAGACCGAGGAACCAGAGAAUUUUGCUGUGCACAAUGCAGAUGAUUAUUCUGUUGAAUAUCCACCACCACCAACUAUCUUAGCUAGAAAUGAUUUGCAGCUUUUCCAAACUGAGCUUUUGAAUGAGAAUUUCAUGAUGUGUAAAGAAAUCUCACGUACGCUGGAAAACUCUCCUGACCCUGCAAAACUUGUUCUGGAAACAGAUGUUAUGAGCAGUCAAAUUGUUAUGUUAGAGCAGCUUGUGAGAAUUUCGCCUUCAAUAACACAUGAGGUUAAAGAAGGAGCAGUGAAGCUGGCGAGAGAAUGGAAGGCAAAAUUGUCUGAUACACCUGAGAUCAGUUUGGAGGUUUUGGUAUUUAAGAUUUUCUUGGCUGCAUACAAUUUGCUUUCUUUGUUCAAUGAUGCUCCUCUGUUGGGCCAGACCCUUGGUCCUGUCAAUGAGAUAUCAGGACCAGUUGGCAUGGCUGCCUGUCCCUCCAGAGCCCAUCAGCAACUGCCCGGAGAGAAGAAACGUUUGGCUAGUGACCCAGCAAUCGAUUCACAAUCCCAACCCUGUGCACGUAAGUGUAAAAACAAGAUGAACAAUCAGGGAGGUCCACUACAAAUCUCAUACGAUUUCCAGGAGAAAUCUGGUGCUGAUGACGCACAGGAUAUACAGAAGACAGGUCUUGUUUUUCCCAGGAGAAUGUAUAUAUAG